AUGACCACAACUAAUAAAAAUAAAUACCUAAAUAUCAAAAUAAAAUUGAUUGCAAUUUUUGAUAUUUAUCCGGGUGCUGAAUGCAAUUUUCAAUUUGGAAUAAGCGAGAAACUUUCAUUUUGUAAAUACUCGCUUUCUGAUAAUCCCGUAUUACAUAAGGAGUUCAGAAUUCGUAGGAAAUUUCGGUAA